AUGAGCCUGUUUGGACGUCUUCCGAUUUACACCGCUCAAGGUGAAUUAAGGCUACUAGGUUUUGACUAAUCGAAAAGCGGAAAUACAUAGCCGAAUAUGCUACGGAAUAGUCUAAGAUACUCGUUUAUUGUGUUUGUUACUUGCUUAUCUCAAUUUUUCGAAUUAUACGUGUUGUUGUCGUUGUUUGUUAUUUUUGCCUUUCGGUACAAGGACAUGAACAUUAAUCUAAAUCUAUCACUUGUGCUUUUGGUUCAUGGAUGAGGGAGAAUAAAGUAAGGGAGCUGCUGCAAAAGGAACGGGACCACAGUAGAAGCGAGCUAAAAGCACCUUCCAAAAUCCUACAACCCCUAUUAUGAUAGUCUUCUAAGUAAAAUCGCAGAUUUCGACAACGGUUGGACCUUGACUAUUGUUGAAGACACACCGCAACAAACGCUAGAUUUAAGGCUUGAGGAAAUCCAUCUUUCCCAGCAUCUUGCCUCUCUUUUGAAGGGAAAAAGGUCACGAAGAUGCUGAUCAAGAUAGAUUUAGGCAAGGUCUAAUAGAUGACUGUGGCCUGUUUGUGGCGGUAGUGGCGCGUGAACUCACGAGGUGGAUCUUGACGAGUGCCUACGAGUCUAUGAAAAGUAUGGAGAAAAUGAGCUCAUUGUUGAAGAAAAAGCACGUAGAUGACGAGCAGAAACCAGGAAUAGAAUCGAGAUACUACGCUAAGGCUACCGCUGAAGCAUCCCCAGAACCAUCCGUGGCCUCUUCUUCAAGUAGGAAAAGGGUGCAGCGAUGGGCUCAGGGAUGCGACGCGGUAGCUGCUCUAAGUACGACGUUGAAAUGUUGGACAUCAGUUUCGGUGAUGCACCGAACUGGAGUGCGACGGAACUGCGGAAAAGGAUGCGAGCGCUGCAGCAACGACACCACAGCAGCGACACCGGAGUAGAUGGAAAAGAUGAAGAAACUUUAGAGCAGCACAGGAAAAGACUUCAGAGGCGCAUUCAGAUGGAUAUCAAAUGGGCAACGGGUCGCACAGAACUAGAAACACGGGCUCGAGAAAAUGUAGUAUGAGUAUCUAUACUUCUAUCUAGAUUCUAUAUCUAAGAAAAUGUAUAAUUCUUACAGGAGAAGGUGCAAGGUAGUGGAGUACUUUGAUGAGGAAAGUAGCACAGCAAGACCUCUCCUGGUCCACUGCAUAAAUGUACAACGUUUGUCUGGUACAUCAUUGAAAAUUAAGAAUUGUAGAUGUAGUGCUGAGGAUGACGAUGAUUGCGAUACUGGGAUGUAUUUGCCGCAAUGCGAGUGCGGACUUCUACUACUACAUGAUCUAUCGUAUCAUGUUGAUUGAUCGGCGUCAUUGUCAAUCUUAUAGAUGGAUUAGUAGGAAGAAUGCCAGUACUAGAAUUUUUGAAUAACUUCCAUCAACUACUAACUAUCAUAUAUACUCAAGUACCAGUACUGCAUCUAGCGGGUAGAAGUCGUCAGGGAAAUUUUAGGCAGAUGGCCGAAGAGAGUGAGAGUCGCGCCGUCAAGUACUACACCUACAUCACUUCACAACUAAGAAAAUGAAGAAUGUCACGCACUAGAAGAACUAGAAGAAGUACAUUCUUCCAGUGUUUCGGUUGCGAUAUUAUUCGUGGAGGGUUUGCAGCGAGAAAUCAGCUGUUUGAUCUGCCCGAUAUUUCAUUGCUUGAACGGUGCGUCGUACAGCUGAAAAGUGGUUUCAUUUUUAUUUCUAGGACGUAUUCAUGGGAUUUAAUAAAUAUGAAUAAGGUAGUGCUGUUGUCGGUUCUCUCUUGAUUUCGGGUGUGGAGCGGGCCGCCAACACACACCCCUCAAUCAUUAUCAUUUGAAGAUAUGGUAUAAGUGGAACCUUCAUCAGAGCUUAGAAGCACUACUUCAUCGUUUUCUUACAAGAAGAAGAAAU